GCGGAUUUCACCCUGGAGAACGAGGUGCACUCGAGCUUCAUCCACAGGCGGCUCCGGAGCCAGGAGCGCCGGGAGAUGCAGCGCGAGAUCCUGUCCAUCCUGGGCUUGCCUCACCGGCCGAGGCCGCAUCUGCACGGCAAGCACAACUCCGCGCCCAUGUUCAUGCUGGACCUCUACAAUGCCAUGUCGGUGGAGGAGGAGGGCGGCGGCGAGGAGGGCUACUCCUACCCCUACAAGCCCAUCUUCAGCACCCAGGGGCCGCCGCUGGCCAGCCUGCAGGACAGCAACUUUCUCACCGAGGCGGACAUGGUCAUGAGCUUCGUGAACAUGGUGGAGCAUGACAAGGAGUUGUUUCACCAGCGCAGCCGUCAUCGUGAGUUCCGGUUUGACCUCUCCAAAAUCCCUGAAGGUGAAGCAGUGACUGCUGCAGAGUUUCGGAUUUAUAAGGACUACAUCAGAGAGCGUGCUUAUAAUGAAACAUUCCAGAUCAAAAUCUACCAGGUCCUCCAAGAACACACAGGAAGGGAUUCAGAUUUGUCCUUACUUGAUACUCGGACAAUUUGGGCUGCAGAAGAAGGUUGGCUGGUGUUUGAUAUUACUGCAACUAGCAAUCACUGGGUGGUAAACCCUCAGCAUAACCUUGGCUUGCAGCUAUCAGUGGAGAGCACAGAUGGACAAAGCAUCAAUCCUACAUUGGCUGGUCUUAUUGGAAGGCAUGGCCCCCAGAACAAGCAGCCCUUCACAGUGGCCUUCUUCAAAGCCACAGAGGUGCAUCUGCGUAGCAUCCGUUCCGCAGGAGGCAAACAGCGAAACCAGAACCGCUCUAAGACACCAAAGAACCAAGAAAGCUUUAGGGUGUCAAAUCUUGGAGAGAACAGCAGCAGCGACCAAAGGCAAGCUUGCAAGAAACAUGAGCUCUAUGUCAGUUUCAGAGAUCUUGGCUGGCAGGACUGGAUCAUUGCUCCAGAAGGUUAUGCUGCAUAUUACUGUGAAGGUGAAUGUGCCUUCCCAUUAAACUCAUAUAUGAAUGCAACAAACCAUGCUAUUGUACAAACACUGGUUCACUUUAUAAACCCAGAGACUGUGCCGAAGCCUUGCUGUGCCCCAACGCAGCUCAAUGCCAUUUCAGUGCUCUACUUCGAUGACAGCUCCAACGUCAUCCUGAAGAAAUACCGAAACAUGGUGGUGCGAGCCUGUGGCUGCCAUUAAAACCUCCACUGCGAAAGCUAUACAUGGUUUGCAACAUGCGCAGGUUGUGUCAUUCUCUCUCUCUGUCUCUCUCUCUCUCUCUUUUUACAUGGAUCAUUAAAGAAAAAAGAAAGGAAACCUUCUCCAAGAACAUGCCAGCGUUCUAAUGAAUAACAUUUCCAAAUGGGCCAAAGAGUCAGAAAAGUAUUCCAGAUGCAAGUGGCAUUUGGAGCUGAGUUUGGAUUUAGCUUGCAAAUUGAGCACUGUUCUGCAAACUGGUGCACAAUGGAAAUAAGGACUGAGGAUCAGUUUUUUUUAAACAGGUCUAUACUUCUGUAAGGCAAGCAAAACCUGAAAGUUUGAAACUGCUUUGUCAAGGGGAACUUUUAACAAAAAGCCAUCUGUGGUGAGUAAUCUGUGUG